CUGCUGGCGUUCUGCGGGCAUGCGAGGGCGGGUAUUUUCGUUGACGGAGAGAUUCUGGAAGUGAGUGAUUUCCUUCACAUCGCUCUGGUUUGAUUGUCAGAGUUGUGAGGCUUCAAAAGGGGCGGCGGGAAACGAGCGUACCUCCGGUGCAGUGGCAGGGUCAUAACCACCCUCCCCUUCCUCCAUCUCCUUGAGGACUUCGGCGAUUGGCUCAGCAUCAAGAUGGCUUUGAACGCAGUUGGUGCAUCUCUGGAUAUGCUAUAUAAGCAACCUGCAACAAAGUGAUACCAGACGAGGGGGAAGACAUACCGCAGUGUCAGGGGGAGAGCGCUGGUUCUUGCUGAAGUACUCCAGGGACUUGGUCUUGUCGCAGAUGCAGCAAGUGAGCUCUACGGUCUGGUGGCUGAUACACGUACGGCAUCCAGCAAAGCCAGGACGAGUGAGGCCGCUGACGCUAGGGUUGCUGGCCAUCGCCUUUCGCAGCUCAUCGAGCUGGCGUUUGGAGUACUUGCUGGCGGAGCAAAUCUUGCCGCAGAUCUUGCACAGAAUCCUAUGCUGGAUGUCAGAAUUUGAUACCCUCUCGACCUUUGCUUGCUGGGGAGGCCUUACUUGUCUGGCAGGGAGACUCGCUCAAGCCUUUCGUCAUGGUCUUGUUAGAUGCCUGCGUCUUCUCACUGACUCGAUCGACAUGCCUGACUUACUUGCGCUUGUGCUCAUCGUAGUUGAAGGUGUUCUUUUUGAAAUGAAAGGCGUGUUUGCCCAUGAUGACGGAGUAUCAGAUUUACGCUCUUCGAGGCCUGGCAAUCUUCGGACUUUGCUGAUGAGCAGGGAGAAGAAAGAGAAGAGAAGCUGAAGCUGAAGAGAAAGAAAUAAAUAGAAGAAAGAGAGUGACAGUGAAGACUUUAGCCCUGCUUAGUCGCCAAAGGCCUCGGCGGUGCGAUGUCCUCUAUCGAAGCUGGACAGGAGGACAUCUUCUUCAUGGUGAAGCAGACUUUCAGGAUAUCAGUUUGAUCAGAGAGACAAGCAAUAACACAGGGUAAGACUGAGUGUCCUGGUGUCAGUUAGGAUCUCUUUGACCCUCUAAGCUGUUUGUAUCUUCUACGGUUUCUUGCAGGCACCAGCAGCCUACUAAAGGGGUAUUAUCUUAUAUUGAUUCUUAACAAAUUGGUAGCCUCAAUCUAUAAGAGAAGAGAGUAGAUUAGGGUAUAGAAUUAUAUAGAUACAAUUGCUAGUAAUCUUAACUUCUUUACUGGUAGAUAUUAACUGCUGUAGCAUUUUAGCCACAGCAGAACCAACAAUUAAAGUGAGGCAAAAUAGGACAAUGGCUGAGAUGGUAAUAAUCGAAAUUUUGACCAGGAGACAAAAGAGGAUAAAGAAAGAAAAGGCACAUCGGUAUCCUACUGGAUAGCGGGGGAAAGUAUGCUGAUUGGAGAUGGUUUGUUUUUGCAUUGCAUAUGCAUGCAUAUAUGCAAGUGUAUAUUAAACGGCGGAAGUCAUGGAAGGAGAUAGCCUGUAUGCAGCAUAUUCAGGAUAAAAACCUGCUAAACAGCCUGUCAAAUAUCCUGGAAAAUAGCCUGGCCUGCAGAUACCUCACCACUCAGCAUCCCCGAAUAUAGCAAACCGCCCUACACGCGACCAAGAAGCAAGAUGCACCUGGAGACAGGGCUGCCUAUCGCGCUACCUUCGAGUUUUAGGCAGCGAUGACACCUCAGUCAGUUUCCACUGCAUCCGCACCGUUCAAGCAUUGGUUGAAACCCAUUUUACUCCGACCAGUGGACGCGUAUGAGAGAUUGUCGUAUGAGAUGUCAAUGAUAAUGAGAAAUUGGCCUCAAAGCAGUAAGUCCAUGCGGAUACCAUCCAUGGAUGAUGGAGUGCGGUACUCCGUAUGGAGUGCAAAAAAACACCGUUCGUCCAACCAGGCUUUCUGAUGGCCGAGGAGAAACUUCACUUCUGCAGCUCUGCGAGCCAGAAUAUAUCGG